CACUGGCUUUUAACAGGCAUAACUCUGGAAUAUCUGUGAUUAUGGAUAUCUUGUACUUUCUAUGGAUGCUGCCGUCGGUGUGGGCUGUCGAAGAGGUACUAAUGGAUUCAACAACAGCAACAGCAGAACUGGGCUGGACCACCUACCCAUCUCAAGGGUGGGAAGAAGUUAGUGGAUACGAUGAAAAUAUGAACACCAUCCGAACAUACCAGGUGUGCAAUAUCUUUAAUAGCAGCCAAAACAACUGGGUCCGGACCAAAUACAUCCGUCGCCGUGGUGCUCAGCGUAUCCAUGUCCAGAUGAAAUUUUCAGUACGGGACUGUAGUUCCAUACCCAAUGUCCCUGGCUCCUGCAAGGAAACCUUCAACCUCUAUUUCUUUGAAUCUGACUUGGAUAAGGGCACUAAAUUAUACCCACCCUGGAUGGAAAACCCAUGGGUGAAAGUGGACACUAUUGCAGCCGACGAGAGCUUCUCUCAGGUCGAUCUCGGUGGCCGCAUCAUGAAGAUCAACAGUGAAGUUCGAAGCUUUGGACCUGUUUCGCACAAUGGCUUCUAUCUUGCUUUCCAGGAUUAUGGUGCCUGCAUGUCACUCAUUGCUGUCCGAGUCUUCUACAGGAAAUGUCCCCAUAUAAUCCAGAAUGGAGCUGUUUUCCCUGAGACACUGUCAGGAGCAGAGAGCACCUCUCUUGUGGCAGCCAGAGGAGUGUGUGUUCCUAAUGGGGAGGAGGUGGAUGUACCCAUCAAGCUGUACUGUAAUGGGGAUGGGGAGUGGACGGUACCUAUUGGCCGCUGUAUGUGUAAAGCUGGAUACGAGGCUGUGGCGAAUGGUACAGUCUGCAAAGCAUGUAUUACAGGCUUCUUCAAGGCUGCUCAGGGAGACCACAAAUGUUUACAGUGCCCCAUUAACAGCCGGACCACCAGCGAGGGAGCAACUAACUGUGUCUGUCGCAAUGGCUACUAUCGCACUGAAUCUGACCCUCAACAGAUGCCUUGUACCACUGUUCCAUCUGCACCACAAAAUGUCAUCUCCAUAGUAAAUGAGACUUCUCUGAUGCUGGAGUGGAGCCCACCAAAGGAGAGUGGUGGCCGAGAAGAUGUAGUUUACAACAUCAUAUGUAAGAGUUGUGGCAGCAGCCGCAGCGGCUGCACCCGCUGUGGUGACAACGUACAGUUUAUCCCACGUCAGCUGGGACUCACCAACACCCGAGUACAUAUCAGCGACCUCAUGGUUCACACGCAGUACACAUUUGAAAUACAAGCUGUCAAUGGAGUGUCUGAUCAGAGCCCUUAUUCACCACAGUACACAUCUGUCAACAUCACCACAAACCAGGCUGCACCAUCAAUAGUGUCCAUCAUCCACCAGGUUAGCAGAACUCCUAACAGCAUCACUCUGUCCUGGUCCCAGCCAGAUCAGCCCAAUGGUGUUAUUCUGGACUAUGAACUGCAGUAUUAUGAGAAGAACCAAGCAGAAUGGAACUCAUCUCUAACGAGGAGUCAGACCAACACCGCAGUCAUACGAGGCUUAAGGCCUGGAACCAUAUACGUGUUUCAGGUCCGGGCUCGGACUGUCGCUGGAUUUGGACGCUUCAGUGGUAAAAUGUACUUCCAAACCAUGACUGAAGAAGAAUAUAACUCCAUUAUUCAGGAGAAGCUCCCCCUCAUCAUUGGUUCAUCUGCUGCAGGGGUUGUCUUUAUUAUUGCCAUCACUGUCGUCAUAAUUGUUUGUCGCAGCAAAAGAAAUUCUGACAGACCAGAAUCUGAAUAUACAGACAAACUACAACAUUACACCAGCGGUCACAUGUCACCGGGAAUGAAGAUCUACAUUGACCCCUUCACAUAUGAAGAUCCCAAUGAAGCGGUUAGAGAGUUUGCUAAGGAGAUUGACAUUUCCUGUGUAAAGAUUGAACAAGUGAUUGGAGCAGGAGAGUUUGGAGAAGUGUGCAGUGGAAACCUCCGACAACCUGGGAAAAGGGAGAUAUUGGUGGCCAUCAAGACUUUAAAGGCAGGGUACACUGAACGCCAGAGGAGGGACUUUUUGAGUGAAGCAUCUAUCAUGGGUCAGUUUGAUCAUCCCAACAUCAUCCAUCUGGAGGGAGUGGUUACCAAGAGUAGCCCUGUAAUGAUCAUCACUGAAUUCAUGGAGAAUGGAUCCCUUGACUCAUUCCUCAGGCAAAAUGAUGGGCAGUUCACAGUGAUACAGCUGGUGGGAAUGCUGCGCGGCAUUGCAGCAGGAAUGAAAUACUUGUGUGACAUGAACUAUGUCCAUCGAGACCUGGCAGCGAGGAACAUCUUGGUCAACAGCAACCUAGUGUGCAAAGUGUCUGACUUUGGCCUGUCACGUUUCCUUGAAGAGGAUACUUCAGACCCCACUUACACCAGUGCUCUGGGGGGAAAGAUUCCCAUCAGGUGGACAGCACCAGAGGCCAUUCAGUACAGGAAGUUCACCUCCUCAAGUGACUGCUGGAGCUAUGGCAUAGUCAUGUGGGAAGUGAUGUCAUAUGGAGAGAGGCCCUACUGGGACAUGAGUAAUCAAGAUGUAAUCAAUGCCAUAGAGCAGGACUACAGGUUGCCACCCCCUAUGGAUUGUCCUAGUGCACUACAUCAGCUAAUGCUUGACUGCUGGCAGAAAGAUCGCAACAACCGACCCAAAUUCAGCCAGAUUGUCAGCACACUGGAUAAGAUGAUCCGCAAUCCAAACAGCCUGAAGGCCAUGACACCACUGUCAUCAAGUGUUCAUUUAGCUCUGCUUGACCGCAGCACUCCAGAUUUCUCCUCUUUCAGCACCGUCGAUGAGUGGCUGGAUGCCAUAAAAAUGGGCCAGUACAAGGAGAACUUCACCAGUGAAGGCUUCACCAGCUUUGAUGUGGUGUCUCAAAUGACCAUGGAGGAUAUCCUCCGAGUGGGAGUGACAUUGGCUGGUCAUCAGAAGAAGAUUCUGAACAGCAUCCAGUCAAUGAGGGCCCAGAUGAACCAGAUCACCUCUGUGGAAGUGUGAUCUCAUAGACCAGAAGCACAAAGACUGUUUACUACAGGAAGUCCAGCUGCCAGUAACCAUGCAUUGAGGAACACAGACACUGUGACUUCAGUUGAACCUCAGAUUCACUUUUCCUCCUUCCAAACACUCUCCAAAGGCUUCCAUCAGUAUGCAGCACAGCACAGAUGUUGAUUAGUUUUCUUGAAGCUGCUGUAUAUUCAGGUAACAGUCAUUUUGGGGGCUUUUUGGCCAUCACAAUCAUCAAACUGCUACAGUACAGUCAUGUGUAUUGUUAAUGUUCCAUCACUCUUCCACUCUCUCCACUACCAGCAACUUAAGUUAUUCUUAAGAAUUAAUGUCCUAAAAUUGGCCUUGCACUUUGAAUUUUAUGCAAGGAACCUACUGUCACAGUGAAAGAUGAUAUUAAAAGCAGCAUAGCAGGACUCAAUGAACUGGCUGGUGCAAAUUACAACUUAUACGUUAAGUUGAGCAUAUUUAUUUAUAGCUGCCACCUUCACCUUACUGCUACCUCUGUACCACAGUAAUUGUGGCAUUUUUCGUAACUAUGUAAAGUUUCUUAAUUAUGUAAAGCUGCAAAUCAGAACUUUUUGUCAGAUCAAACCCAGUUUUUGGUACAGGCAAUUGAACAUUUACAUAGAUUGUAUGGUGUGAAUUUGAAUAAGGAAGCAUUGGCUAACUAUGACCCUUAUAUUAUUCAGC